UGGCAGGUGGCUUACAAUGAAGAUGAGUUGGAAUUAUUUAAUGAUCAAUUAAAACUUUGCUUCGACAAGAGUAUCUUCCCUGCAACUUCGACAUUUGACGGGCGUAUUUGGAGGGACAUUAUAAUUUUUGCGGCAAUUGUUGCAAGUGUCCACAAAGACUUGUUGUCUCCCAAAUAUUUUAGCUUGCCAGCAACCCAACAAGAGCCAAUUGAAUUCAUAAGGGCCAACUUGGUACACGGGGUUUCUGGCCGCACUUUUGCUCCAGUAAGGUUCCCUCUCAACGACAUGAAUAAGCGCAGUCUAGUUUCUCGUCUCAUCAGUAAUUUAGCUAAUGGGCAGAUAGGCUCACCUGGGAUGUUAUCCAAAGUAUUGCGAUUAAGAGUGUGCAAGAUACCUACCAGAAGCGUAGAUGUUGUUAGUUCAAGAGCGCAACUAGAGCCUUGCAAAACUGGAGUUUUUGUUGGAUUGGGAAGGCAC